ACGGAGGAAAAGGGCAGCUCCAAAACCCUCCCCGACCGCCGCCGCCGGACGCCAGCCACGACGGUCCGCCAUUAACUCUGCUGACUUCGCCUCUUCAUCCGGCGUCCUCUCCAACCGUUACUGCCGCCGCCGCUGGAACCCCUCGCGUUCGGCAGUGACUCCUCCCGCGGCGGCCGCCGGCGAGUUUGGCGCAGGCUAGUUCGACGCCUGCACCAGGUGCGCCUACUCCUGCUCCCGCGCCGGUCUAGAUUCGGACGGCGGCGACUCCUCAGAUUCAUUUGAGGAUUGGUAAUCAUGGAGUGGGAGUUAACUGAGGUCCCUGGCAACCUGACUACCUCCAUCCAGGACUCUACAGUUGAUGUGGUGGCUGCCAAGAUUGAGUCCAAGCUAGCAAACACACUUAUUAGGCAGUUGAGCCAUAUAUGCCCUUUGGAGAAUUUGAGGCAUGUAAAGCGGGUCCGUCGACGUACUGAAUGCGGAAAAUCUGAGCUAUCAAUAAUCCUAUGUCUUUCUACUGGGUAUGAAACUUGUAGCAAACAGAUUCCUGAUGACGUGCAAAAGAUAGUGGAUACUUAUCAUUUGAAUCCUUUCGCUGCUAAAGUUUCCAAGCGUCCUGCUACAUCAAAAGAGGAAUGGGAAGAACAGUGCAAACUUUGGCCAACUUCUUACCAUCCUGCGCACGACCUUGAUAUUGUCCGUGGAUUUCGAGAGGAGGAAUUACCAUCAAUAUUUAAUUGCAUGAAGACUGCUAUUCAAUUAUCAAAGGUGGGCAACACUGCCGUUAUUGUUGAUCCAUCAAGUACACAAAUAAUUGCAAAGGCUACAGACCAGACACACCAGCAUGAUACAUCUGAAGAAGGAAACAAAUUUUCUGAAGUCAGAGCAGAUGAUACCUGCUCUUUGAGUGAACCAACUGAUAAUGAUGGUAAUUUGUUACUUCCAAGAUUCUUUCUUUCUAAACCCAACAGUUUGAACAUGGAAGUAUCAUGUAUAAAUCCUUGGGGAUGGACGAAACAAAGGACUAUGGAGCAGAAGCCAUUGCCCAGUAAAGGCUGUUUUGCAUGGCAUCCUCUAAGACACGCUGCCAUGGUUGCCAUUGAAAAUGCUGCUGAGAGAGAUAGAAUGAUGUUCCCUUCUUCAACUUCAAUAACGAAGCCAGAUUCAAAUGGCAACCUGGAGAACUAUAAUGAACCGGCAAAAAGGCUAAAGACAGAUACAAAAGAUAAAGAGCAAUCUGCAGAUGAAUCAUGCUGCAGCGACUUGUCCGAAACAAGCAGACCAUAUCUGUGUACAGGAUUUGAUAUCUACCUUGUUUGGGAACCAUGCACAAUGUGUGCGAUGGCACUUGUACAUCAUAGAUUUAAGCGUGUGUUCUACGCUUUGCCUAAUCCAGUUAAUGGAGCACUCGGUGGAGUCUACAGGUUGCAUGGGGAGAAAAGUCUUAAUCAUCACUACAACGUAUUUAGGGUUUCAGUACCUGAGGCAUACUUGAAUGGUUUGAAUGAUGGUUCGAAACAAUGCUGAUAGAAUAGAACCUCCUGUUCCAUUUUUCUUGGAGGAGGGAUCCAUGGCUUUCUGUUUUGCAGCAUGGAUGUCAUUUUUGGUACAAGGGCCUCGGAUUAGGCUUCCAUGGUAGUGUCCUGUUGUAUCAUUAGAAUAUUACCUCUGUUUUAUCACUAAAAUUCGCUCCAUCUUUCCUCAUUAAUAUAAUUGGAUGCUAUUGACUUUUUAU